UCACCUCUUUUUUCUUACCAGGUUUGAAUGUGAGUACUUUUACAGAUUGCAUGGAGCAUGAUCUGGGGGUGAGUGAGGAGGAGGAGAGAAACUUCACAGCUCUUUUGACAGAGGAAUUAAAGCAAAUGGAAGUUGAAACAGUGGAAAACCAGAGAAGAGCGGACAUGGCACUGCUUGAGACAAAAAAGAUGGUGUCCCAAUAUCAAAAAGAGGCAGACAAAUGUACAUCAGGGAUGGGAACUUGUGAAGAAGCUAGAGAAAAGGCUGAAAUUGCUUUAGAAGCACAGAGACAAAUCACUUCUAUGUGGGAGCUCAGAGCACGUCAUCAAGGAUGGAAACAAGAGAUUGUUUAAGUCUAAUAAUGUGUGUAGACAAGUUCUUAAAGAAGCAAGUAAACUGCCACUUCACCGAUUUCUGAUUAGAUAAUAUUUGUAUUCAGCUAGUAUGGACAUUUCCCUAAUUUUGCCAACAAUAGAAAUCACUCUCU